CCACGCUAUAACAUGCUUUUAAGGAUGAAAUCCCUAAUGAAAUGAAAUCCGCCUAAACUGCAUUUAGAACGCUACCUUCGGUCUGACCUCAUCGACACUACACGUCACCAUUCCGUCCCUCAUCGCUCCCGCGCUCCCAUAGGUGCGGACCGCCCGUCCGUCCAUCACCCUCAACGGCGCAUUUCUCAGCCGAGCGUACCUCCCGCGGCCCGCAUUCUGUUCCAGAUCUCAGGCACGCCGCCAGAAGCUGGCCAUUUGUUAGGUCUCAAAAUUCAAUUCAGCAAGUUUUGUUCGGCAACUCCAAUUUUUUCAGCUUUUAGUCACAGAUAAUGGGUUGGAAAGCUGCUCAGAAAUUAAUACAUCACUGGAAGAUUCUCAGAGGUGACAAUGUUAUGAUUAUUAGAGGCAAAGACAAAGGUGCUACUGGAAUCAUUAAGCGUGUAAUACGUUCACAGAAUCGUGUUAUUGUUGAGGGGAAAAACCUGGUUAAGAAGCAUAUUAAACAAGGACAAGGCCAUGAAGGAGGGAUAUUUACAGUUGAAGCUCCAUUGCAUGUCUCUAAUGUGCAGAUUCUAGAUCCAGUAACAGAGCGACCGUGCAAAGUUGGAAUCAGGUACUUGGAAGAUGGUACUAAAGUAAGAGUUUCUAGAGGUAUUGGAGCAUCAUGCUCUAUUAUUCCACGUCCUGAGAUCUUGAAAAUAAGGACUACACCAAGACCAUCAGUUGCUGGUCCUAAGGACACCCCAUUGGAAGAUGUCAUGGAAAGGACAUAUAACCCGAAAACUGGGAGAGGCAUGCCGGAUCUUUAAAAAAUGCUACUAUGUUUGGUUUCAUCUUCACAGCUUGGGAUGCAGUGAAGUAUUAAGACAGAGAAUGACACAAGCUGGAGCUUUUUUUUACGUAAUGGUGGUUCCUGUGAUAAUAAUGUGGUGGUCUGAGAUGUUUCAUAGACAUAAUUGCAAAUGCGCAACUUCUGCCUGUGAUAAUGUUUAUGGGUUAGGAACUCAGACCCAUCUUAAACAAGUUGUGCAUUAUAAUCUAAUAGUUAUGAACUGUGAAGUCAUUUGUUUAUUCCUCGGUUUAGAGUGUUUGCUAUUGCUUUUAAAAAAGCACUUUUGAGCUCUUGCUUCAAAAAUUUUAAAAUUAUGUAUUCAAAUUGGUAUUUCUAGUUAAGUACUUUAAAGACAAAAGUUAAAAGCAAUGAGAAUGUGCUUUUAAUUGCUAUCAUCUUUUCUAUUGCACAAAUAAGUGUUUCUCCA